GCGGAUCACUGCCAUUCUCAUCUCACCAAAGUUCUGUUUACAAUCGUCGUAUUUUCUGGCUUUGAUGUCGAUGAUGGAAUCCAAGAUCUAAAAACAAGCAGCGAUGGCAGUGUGUCGAACGUGUAUGACCAACGUGGAAAAGCGCCAGCAGAAGCUGAUUUCGAUAUUUUCUGAGUUGGACGAUGCACUCAUAGCGAACAUAAUCGCCGAUCACGCUGGUGUUGAGAUUUAUCAGGAUGACAGCCUGCCUUCAGUUAUUUGUAACGAUUGCUUCAAAAACCUCCAAAUGUUAGUCACCUUCGUAAAUACCAUCCGUUCUACCGACAAUAAAUUACGUGAGCUCUGUAAAGUGGAGCUAGGCCAAGAUAUUACUUCCACGGAAAUCAAUAACGAAAUGUCUCAGUUUGUAAUUCUAAAAAUUGAACCAGUGGAAAAUAUAAUUGAGGAAUCAUACGCCGAAGUUGAAUCCGUGAGUCAUACUUCUGAACCAGGAAGCCUAACAAACGAAGAGCUAGUUGACGAAACUUGCGAAAUUGUAGUGUCAGAUUAUGUAAUGCUUAAACCGGAUGUUGAUGUCGCUUGGAAUGAAACUGUUGAUGAGAUAGAAUAUGCUGCAAAAUGCAAACCAAAGCGAAGCAUGAAACCGUUGCUUAAGAAAAAGCCUGUUCAAAGUGAAGAUGAAUUGAAACGCAAAGAGCGAACCCUGUAUACGGUUAUCAAAAUUCCGCCACGUAGCCAUGUUUGUUGUGGCUGUUUGCAAAUAUUCACUUGCGCUGAAGAUUUGGAAGUCCAUCGUCAGACAAAUCAUGUUUGGAAAAAAGAGAGCCUAACGAAACCUAGCGAAAAAGUACUUUGCAACGGUUGCCUACGCAAGUACGACUCGACGUAUGGUGUGAACAGACACAAAAAGCGCGUCCGGGCGUUAAAAAAGAUUUGGGAAUGUAAACAAUGCAAUCUUCGAUUGAAAGUCCCCGGCAAACGGCGGGAGCAUCUUAAAACCCAUUCAGACGAUGAUCACGUUACCGUGAUAUCACAAUUCAAGGAAAAUAUAAAACAGGAACUUGGUUGGAUCUGCUGCGCUCUGAAAUGUGGUAAAUCAUUUACAUCUGAAGCGGAAAUGAUCGCUCAUGCGCACGCAUCCCACUGGAUCGACAAGCAGCAAGCAAACCUAGAGUCCGGACAUUUGCCAGAACAAUGUCAGGUCUGCUACCGACGAUUUUCCAAUAAAGUUCGGCUAACCAGCCAUCAGAGACGGGUUUACCGUCAAAAGAACAUGGAGUGCCCUCAUUGUGAUGAAAAGUUCUCAUCUACUGUUCUACUGAAUAGGCACGAAUUAAAUGAACAUGGCAUCGGUACCGUUCAAUGUGAGAUUUGCGAAAAGACUUAUUCUAAUAAGUACACCUUGAGUAAGCACAUAGAACACAUGCAUACAAAUGACAAUAUCCAUCAGUGUAAUGUUUGCGGUUUAACAUUCAGACAGAGUGGUGGCUUGAAGAAACAUAUGUUGAAUCAUAUAGACGAUCGGGAGUACGAAUGCAAGAUAUGCUCAAAAACGUUCAAAGCGAAAUUGAACUUGCAACAUCAUAUGCGAAUUCACACAGGUGAACGUCCGUAUAAAUGUAGGUAUUGCGACCAUGCCUUCGCUCAUCAUACCAACUGUAGGAGACAUGAGAUGACUCAUACUGGCGAAAAGCCCCACAAGUGCUCACGUUGUGACAAAGCAUUUAUUUUAAAGCGAAUGCUAGUAGAACAUGAAAAAUCGCAUAUGUGCGACCAAUAGUGCAUUCCUAGUAAAUCCAUCGAUUCAACAUGUUACGCCUUCUUAUCUCGUGGAACAUCUAUCUCUGCAAUUUAUUUCCAUUUAUUUUACACUUCAUUAAAUUUGUUAAAAAUUUGGAUUUAAUUUCAUUAUACAAUUGAUUCUGAGGUGAAUUUCAAA